AUGUGGCCAGUGGAUGGUGCUGUUGCUCCAAGUGCCUUCGCUUGCAAGAUGGUACCAUUUGUUCAGUCCACUGCCAUUGUAACUGAGAUUCUUACAAUGACCUGCAUUGCUGUGGAAAGACACCAGGGAAUUGUGCAUCCACUAAAAAUGAAGUGGCAGUACACUAAUAAAAGAGCUUUCACCAUGCUUGGCAUAGUCUGGUUGCUGGCUCUUAUUGUUGGGUCACCAAUGUGGCACGUACAACGGCUCGAGGUAAAAUAUGACUUUCUGUAUGAAAAAGUGUAUGUUUGUUGCUUAGAAGAAUGGACCAGUCCGAUUUAUCAGAAGAUCUAUACGACCUUUAUUCUUGUUAUACUCUUCCUUCUUCCACUGAUGUUGAUGCUUUUUUUGUACACUAAAAUUGGCUAUGAGCUCUGGAUUAAGAAACGAGUGGGAGAUGCUUCAGUUCUUCAAACCAUUCAUGGGAGUGAAAUGUCUAAAAUAUCAAGGAAGAAGAAGCGAGCAAUUGUUAUGAUGGUGACAGUGGUGUUUCUCUUUGCAGUCUGUUGGGCCCCUUUCCAUGUGGUUCAUAUGAUGAUAGAAUACAGUAAUUUUGAAAAGGAAUAUGAUGAUGUGACAGUCAAAAUGAUCUUUGCAAUCGUCCAGAUCACAGGAUUCUUCAAUUCUAUUUGCAACCCUAUUGUGUAUGCUUUCAUGAAUGAAAACUUCAAGAAAAAUUUUUUGUCUGCCAUCUGCUUCUGCAUUGUCAAAGAAAAUACAUCUCCAAGCAGGCAACUUGGGAACUGGGGGAUCACUAUGAGGCGGCAACAAGCAAACGUUUCUCAGAGAGAUCCUGUUGACUCAGACGAAGCCAGGAGGGAGGCAUUCAGUGAUGGCAACAUUGAAGUCAAGCUCUGUGAUCAGCCAGCUUCAAAAAGGAAUUUGAAAAGGCACCUUGCCUUAUGCAGCUCUGAGCUUACUGUGCAUUCUAUCUCAGGAAAGGGGCAAUAGCAUCACAGAGCUUUUGAGGAUAGAAAAAGCGUUCUCUUUGUAUGAUAAAUUUGAAUAAGCCAUUUGAAAUAGUUUUCUACAUUGUCUGAUGAAAUGAGGUGAAAACUAUUUUGUGGAUUAUUAGAAUGUUGGGAUAAUGGUUGACAAAAUGUCAUAUAUUUUAUAAGGAUAAGGAGUAAAACUUUGGAAAACAGUAUUACUGUAUGAUUUCCAG